CUACGUCGGCGCGAGAUGCCGGAACUCACGUGGUACGUUCAGAUCGGGUCCCAGCUUCGCGCGUGCCACCGCGUUCCACGAUGACAGGCUUUCCACGCUCCGGUCACCCUUAGGCAUGCGCGACAGACAUUCGGAUCAACUAAGAAUACAAACUGAAGCCCUACGACUUGUCACCGGUUUGCACUCUCACCGAGGCUCGGACUGCUUGCGGACCGGUCUCCUUCGUUCUGCUUCUCCCCACUCCGAAAGUUUAAGGGCGGCGUCAGCUUACUGUUGGCAGGUCCCUGGGCAAACAGUGUGUGAGAUGGGACGGACGUCAAAGGACAAGCGGGAUGUCUACUACCGCCUAGCCAAGGAGAAUGGCUGGCGUGCCCGCAGUGCCUUCAAGCUGCUACAACUUGACGAGGAAUUCCAGCUCUUCCAAGGUGUGACACGGGCAGUUGACCUGUGUGCGGCCCCGGGCAGCUGGAGCCAGGUGCUGAGCCAGAAGAUUGGGGGCCAGGGGUCCGGCCACGUGGUGGCCGUGGACCUUCAGGCUAUGGCUCCACUACCAGGUGUGUUACAGAUCCAGGGGGAUAUCACCCAGCUGUCCACUGCCAAGGAGAUCAUCCAGCACUUUGAGGGCUGCCCCGCGGACCUAGUGGUGUGCGACGGGGCUCCUGAUGUAACCGGCCUCCAUGAUGUUGAUGAGUAUAUGCAGGCCCAGCUCCUCCUAGCCGCUCUGAACAUUGCUACACAUGUCUUGAAGCCAGGGGGCUGCUUUGUGGCCAAGAUCUUCCGAGGCCGGGAUGUGACACUGAUCUACAGUCAGCUGCGUGUCUUCUUCUCCACUGUGCUCUGUGCCAAGCCCAAGAGCAGCCGGAACUCCAGCAUUGAGGCCUUUGCUGUCUGUAAGGGUUAUGACCCCCCUGAGGGCUUCCUGCCGGACCUGACCAAACCCCUGCUGGACCACUCUUACGAUUUCAACCAAUUAGAUGGUCCCACCCGCAUCAUUGUACCAUUUGUGACCUGUGGGGACCUGAGCGCCUAUGAUUCGGACCGCAGUUACCCUCUGGAUCUAGAGGAUGGCUCAGAAUACAAGUAUACUCCGCCCACGCAGCCCCCCAUCUCACCACCAUACCAGGAGGCCUGCACCUUGAAGAAGAAGGGGCGGCUGGCCAAGGAGAUCCGCCCCCAGGACUGCCCCAUCAGCACAGUGGACACGUUGCCCCAGUCCCUGGCCACCCCACAGCGCCACACCCUGCUGGCCUCUGAGGUGGAAGACAGUGAAAUGAACUGUUCGCCUUAAGGUGUUAAGUUAGCUGGCAAUCUGAUAAGGACUCGGAAGCUGUUUGCUGUCAGGAAAACCAGAACUUGAGUUGAUGAACUUGUUUUCAAAUAUCUCAUCAACCGGUCCUGAACAUACAAGCUCCGAGUGGGAACCUGCAGCAACCACCAGGAACACAGCGAGGAAAGAAACAUCACGGAAUGUCCGUCUGCACUGCAGAGGGGAUUCUUGAGUGGGGUCUUGCCUCUUCUCUAAAUCUUUCCAGCCGUGUCCUGAUCAUGUCCAGAAUUUACCCUGAGAGUGGGGGUUCUUAACCUGGGUAGAAGUCAGCGUUAUGUGUGGAUUUGAUGGAGGGAAAUAUUACAUCUUUAUUUUCACUAAUAUAACUGAAAUUUUAGCUAUACUCCUGGAUCUGAACGCUGGCAUCAAAUCACAAUAAGUAAAAGCAGUGCCUGCAACUUCCACCAAUACAGAUCACAGUUACUUUUUUAUGUUAUGUUAUAGUCAUUGCAGGCAUCUUAAAAUAUUGUUCACAUUGGUCACUACUUUGAAUAAGAUCUUAAAAUUUGAUGUAUUAAUAAAAAAA